UUUUAUUUCUCACCCACUAUUUGGAUUAGUUUUGUAUACACUGCAAUCUAAAUUAUAUAUUCCAACACAUAUUACAAUGUCAGCAUAAUUAUAAAAGCCAAAAAAACAUUAGUGGUAUAAUAUGGACAGUAAUCAACAAAUCUCUGCGUUAGAGAAAUGGGGAUUCCCAUUGAUGGAACUGUAUCGAUUGGCGUUGAGUUUCUAUAAACAAAAUUCUGGCAAGGCAAUACACCUUUCAUAUGAGGACAAUUUAAAAUUAAUUGCGUUUAAGCAGCAAGCCACAAUGGGCCCCUUUGAUGCCAGUCACGCCCCCGAAUUGGGUGUUCUUGAUGUUAUUGGCCGUGACCGACGUUUGCAUUGGCAGCUUUUGGGCGAUAUUAGCAGGGAACAAGCAAUGGAAGGCUUCAUAGAUUUAUUGGAUACUAUGUGCACAGCUUUUCGUCCAUAUGUGGAGGCUGUUAAGCAAAAUCGGGAUGAGAACCUAAAAGCAGAGUUACGUCGCAUGGAAGAAGAAAAGUUGGAAAAGGAAAAAAGGGAGCAUAUGCAAAAAGAAUUACUAGAAGAAGGCUAUAAAGAAGAAAUGCAGCGGCGUCAACUACAGGAUGCUUUAAAUAAACAAACUUACCAGCAAUUUAAGAGUUAUGCUGAUAAGCAGUUUCCUGGUAAUCCCGAACAGCAAGGUGUACUCAUACGACAGCUACAAGAGGAACACUACCAUCAGUAUAUGCAACAAUUGCAUAUGCAAAAUAAAAACCAAACAAUAGCGCGAAAUAACAACAGCGUCGAGUCCGAAGAUAGAAGUACCCAGCAGGUAAUACCAAACGAAGCAGCAGAUGUUGCAGGUAAUGUCAAUGAAUUAGAACAAGCCUUGCAGCACUUCAACGGCGAGGAGCAACAGCAAGAUGAUAUUAGUCAAGAUGAUUGCUUGAUAAUAGAGCCUGCCAGAAUGUGGACACGGCCAGAUAUUGAUGUAUUUAAAGCCGAAGUGUCCGCAGGCGAAGGAGAUGGUGUUAUAACCGUAGCUCAAGGGGAUGUUCUAACGAUUCGAGUGCCCACGAUCGCAAUUGGCAAAUGUAUAUUCUGGGAAUUCGCUACAGACUACUAUGAUGUCGGCUUUGGGGUAUUCUUUGAGUGGAGUAAGCCGACAACAAAUGAAGUUACUGUACAAGGCACUGAAAGCGACGAGGAGGAUGAAGAGUUAACUGAAGAGGAUUUGCUAUCAACUAACGAGGACCUGGAAUCUGGUUCACUAAGCAAUGAGCGCGAGGCUCUAGCGCAGAAUAGCGUAAUCAAACCACCUGUAUCCAUAAUAGUCCCCGUCUAUCGUCGGGAUUGCUUCAGUGAGGUUUAUGUUGGGUCUCAUACAUAUCCAGGCGAAGGCGUAUACCUGCUAAGAUUUGAUAACAGCUUCAGUUUAUGGCGCUCAAAAACGGUCUAUUAUCGCAUCUACUACGAGCACUAAGCUUUAUUUUAUAAUAUUAUAAUUCAAAAACCUGUCAAAGUGGGCCUUUGCCAAAUUGAACAUUUACUUUUCCAAGUAAAAUGAUUGCAUUCUAAACUGAUUGUAAAAAAAAAAAUGAAUAAAAAAAUAUAUAUAGUUGAGCCUUA